GUAUAAAUAUUAAUUAACGGUUACCGAUUUAUCUGAACGCCCUAAAAACCCCCCCAAAUUCUUCCGACCAAGAUCUUCUCUGCUGUUCGUUGCUUCUCCGGUUACGAGCAAGUCGUUUCUCAGUGAAGAUGGAUUGGCAAGGGCAAAAGCUGGCAGAGCAUCUGAUGCAGCUAAUGUUGGUCUUUUUUGCGGUAGUCGCGUUUAUUACAGGCUACGUUUUGGGGUCGUUUCAGACAAUGCUGCUUAUAUAUGCAGCUGGGGUCGUAUUAACUUCUCUUAUUACCAUUCCAAAUUGGCCGUUCUUCAACCGUAACCCUAUCAAUUGGUUGGACUCGAGCGAGGCUGAAAAGCAUCCCAAGCCACAACCUGCUCCUAUUUCUGGUCCGAAGAAGAAAGUCUCCAAAAAAUAGAUCGUCUUUUUUCGCGAUUUCUUCAAAGGUGUAAGAUACGAUUUAGUGAACUUUUGGGGGGGUUUGAUUAAUAUUGGUUUAUGUGACUGUAGCUGCAUAAUUUAGUUUUGGUAUAAUUAGUAUUGUCGUAUUGAGAUUCGGUGCCGUUACGUACUUUAAAACCCCAUUCUCGGAAAACUUCUAUGAAAUAUAUGAAAAUGACUGCAUAUGCAUUAUAGUUUUUUUUUUU